UCACCGGCCCACUAGCAACCCCCACAUCAUUAUGUUACUGCUCCCAAAGUGCAAUCGUCAUGGACCUAGCGAGGCCAUCCCAAAACCAGACGAACCAACCAACAUUCUCGCAUAACUUGGAGCAGGCCGGCCCACCGCCACUCCUCGUCGUCGCCGACGUGACGUACUCCCCCGAUCUCCCGUCGCCACCGCGAUCUCCGGACGCAGACUACUAGAUAGCCCGCCACCAGCUACAAUUUGUUGCGUGAACCCAAGUGGAAAACCAUCUGCUCCUGCUAGAAACCAACCAACUGAUCAUCUCAUCAGUUGGAGAUCGCGAGAUGAUCUCGGCCAUCUGCUGGAUCCCCCGGGGGGCGGUCAAGACCGUCCCGCUCGUCGCGGCGCCGCCCACGCGAGAGGAGAUCCACGCGGCCAUCGGCGCCGCCGCCGCUUCGGAGAGGCGCCGCCGUGAAGAAAUUGAUACUGACGAUGAUGGCAUGGACGACAUUGACGGAGCUCAGGAGGAGGACGAGGUGGCUCUGCAGAGCGAUGAUUGUAGUGUUGAUUACAUUGCUGAUGGCCUCCGCGAGCUUGACAUGGAGAAUUACGACGACGAGGAUGGAGUAAUUAAGGAUCUCUGCUCUGGGUCAAGCGACUUGUACUAUCCAAGUAACGACAUGGAUCCUUAUCUUAAGAACAAGAACAAUGGCCUGGAUGAGGACGAGGAUGAUGAGAGAUUGAAGAUAAGACUGUCAAACCUACUGAUUCGAUGAUCGUCACUGCACACAGCAAGGAUUACAACAAUUACCUAAAGGCGAGUAUAGCAGCUACCAAUAAGAAGUGGGGCAAUCGCAAAUUUUUCAGUUGAAUCGUUAUUGCAAGGCCGCAGCUAGAAAAUUAUAAAAACAUCACUAGAACUGUCAUUUGAGUGGUAUCCUUACAAAAUUGAAAAAAAACAGUGGCAAAUUUGCAA